AUGAAGAUAAUAACAUGGAAUGUGAGAGGAGCCUCAAACAAUGCUUUUGUGCCUCAUGCAUGGGAUGUAGUGCAUAUUCAUAAGCCUUCGAUCCUUAUCAUUUUUGAAACCAAAGCGGAGGAAUGCCGUGCUAGGCAAGUUACUAGGCUUUUAGGGUUUGAUGACUUUAAGGCAAUGCCGCCUCAUGGGCUAAAAGGAGGAAUUUGGCUUAUGUGGAAGCGUAAUGUUGAUUUGGUUAGCUGGAGUGAAGUAUCUCCGUAUUAUUUUCAUUCCUUGUUCAAGUUUAGCCCUAAUCAACCGGAGGUUCUCAUUACGGGUAUUCAUGCCCCGUCUACAGCUAAAGAAAGACACCAGAUUUGGCGCAAUAUGGAACAAAACUUGCCUCCGGAUCAGGUGCCUUGGUUGGUUGCUGGGGACAUGAAUGAGGUUAGGAGUCAAGGCGAGAAAUCAGUAAAUAACUGGUUGCAACCUAAGGUCGAUUUCUUAACUGGGAGAAGCAAAUUCCUGAGUAAGAUUCGAUCCUGGGAUGGGAAUGUGUUUGGUAAUCUGGCUUUGCAGAAAAAAAGGAUUCUUGCAAGACUAAAUGGGAUUCAACUUUCUUUGUCAUUUCGUGACUCGAAUUUCUUAAGUCAACUAGAAAAAAAUCUCCUUGUGGACUUAAAUAACAUUCAUCUCGUUGAAAGAAGAAUUUGGGCUCAAAAAGCAGGGAUUUACUGGAGAAAAUUUGGGGAUUAUAACACCCGCUAUUUUCACGUUUUGGCUAAGAUUAAGAAAUCAAAAGGAAAAAUUCAUUCCCUUCAGGAUUCAGAGGGGAACUGGAUCCAAGAUGAUUUGCUUCUAAAAAACUUGGCUAGGGACACCUUCAUCAGUAUAUUUUCAACAAAACAUAUUUUAAGUAAACGCUCUUCUUCUUUCAUGCCUCCAAAUUUUCUUUUGCAUGAGGAUAGUCUUGAAUUGAUUAAACCAUUUUCUAUUGAGGAAGUAAAGAAUAUUGUGAGUUCUAUGGCUCCCCUGAAAAGUCCGGGGCCUGAUGGUAUCCAACCUAUUUUCUUUCAACAAUGCUGGAGCAAUCUUAAUGAGCAUUUGGUCUCCUUCUUGAACAAUUGUCUGAAUGUAGGUAUGGUGCCGAAGGAUAUCAACAAUUCCUAUCUUUGUCUCAUUCCUAAGAAAGAAGCCCCUACUACUAUUAAUGAUUUUCGUCCUAUAGGUCUUUGUAAUACCAUUCUUAAGCUGUUGACUAAAACCAUUGCUUCUCGUAUUAGAGGUUUAAUGCCCAAGUUGGUUAAUCCUUUACAAACUAGCUUUGUCAUAGAUAGGACCAUUGAUGAAAACAUUAUCAUUAUUAAAGAAGUGGCUCACUUGUUUAAAAAAGUUAAAAGGGGUAAAAAUAUUAUGGCUCUUAAAAUUGACCUCACUAAAGCUUUUGAUAGUUUAGAGUGGGCCUUUAUCAGAGAAACUCUCCUUGGUUUUAAAUUUCCGACUAAACUUGUUAACAUUAUCAUGAGUGUUGUCACUACUCCUUCAAUUUCUGUUUUGUGGAAUGGUGAAAUAACAAGUGAUUUUCUUCCAUCAAGGGGGAUUCGUCAGGGUGACCCCCUAUCUCCUUACAUUUUUGUUUUAUGCAUGGAAAGACUUAGUCAAUUAAUUCAGGAAAAAAUUAAUCUCAAUCUCUGGAAGCCCCUGAUGAUUGCUAAGGACAUUGGUCUUUCUCACCUUUUUUAUGCCGAUGAUGUUUUUCUUUUUGGCAAAGCGUCGUGGGCUAACAUGGAUGUCAUUCUAGAGGUUUUACAUGAGUUUGGUCAACAAUCUGGCUUAUUUCUCAAUGUUUUAAAAUCCACAAUCAUUGUUCCUAAGAAGAUGGAUCAUAAUGUUCGACAAUCUAUUUCUGGUCACUGUAACCUUCGCGUUACCUCGGACUUUGGGAAGUAUUUAGGGAUUAAAAUUUCUCCUAACAAACUUAGGAAAUGUGAUUAUUUAGGCCUAUUGGACAAAACUAAAGAUAAAAUUCGUGGUUGGCAAGCUAAACUUCUAAACAUGGCAGGUAGAUGUACCCUCAUUAAAGCGGUUCUUAAUACCUACCCCCUUUAUGUUAUGCAAACUAACAUUAUUCCUGUAAGUGUCCUUGAUGAUAUUCAAAAGGAUAUUAAACGUUUCUUGUGGAACAAGGUAGGUCAAAGGCAUUAUAUCUCUAGAACUUCAUGGACUCAGGUUUGUAAUCCUAUGAUGGCGGGGGGGCUUGGUAUUAGAGACUUGAGAAAAUGGAAUACCUGCUUCAUGGCCAAACUGGGGUGGAAAUUUCUCACUCAACCUUCUAAACUCUGGGUCCAAAUUAUAAAGGCAAAAUAUUGUAGAGGGUCAAAUUUUCUAGAUGCUAUCCCUAAUCAAACUCAGUCAAGUAUCUGGAGAGACAUUGUGAAGGGGAGGGAUCUCCUAAAGCAGGGUCUUAUCUAUAAUGUGGGGGAUGGGGAAGACAUUUCUAUUUGGUAUCAUCACUGGGUUGGGGAUGGACCUCUUUAUAAGCAUUGUGACAUUGUUAUCCCGGAUUCUAAAGCUCAUUGGAGAGUUGCUCGCAUUAUUCGAAAUGGGUCUUGGUACUUAGACUCUAUCAUUUCCUUACUUCCUCAUGAAAUUGUUAAAUCUAUUAAAGCUAUCCCUCUUCCUAAAAUUGCUGUGGUUCAUGAUGAUAUAAGAUGGGUUUUUUCUAAGGAUGGUCAAUUUGAUAUCAAAUCUGCUUAUCAUAGCAUGGAACCGGAUGUCCAACUCACUUGGGGCAUUCCUAACCUUUGGCAGAAACUUUGGAAAAUAAGUGCCCCUUUUAAAUACAAAAUGUUAUUGUGGAAUGUUGUUCAUGGUAUCCUCCCCACUGCUGAAAAUUUACAAAAGAGAAUACUUCAUUUUGAUUCCCAAUGCCAAUGUUGCCUAGAGCAAACUGAAACGCAUCUUCAUCUUUUUAAAAAUUGUCCCCAUGCCAACAUCCUUUGGAAACGAAUUUUCCAAUUUUUUAACUUAGCCAAAAAAGUGAACGUAGCCAGUUAUUUUAAUGGGGAUUGGGAGGAAUGGAUAACUCUAAAUUUUAUGCAAGAAAAAAGCUGGCUGGAAAUCUUUGUUAUUGCUAUUUGGCAUAUAUGGAAAAACAUGAACAAAGCGGUUUUUGACAGAGCAAUGUCGAGAUCUUCCACUCAGUAUAAUCAUUUCCUUGUGGAUUAUUUGCAUAAUACUAAUGUUUUUCAAAAGCAGAAUGUCUCUAAGCCAAGGAGCAACCAAGUCCCUGUGUGGAAGCCACCAGUUCACGGUUACCUGAAACUAAAUACGGAUGGGGCUUGGAAAUCAAACAACAAAGCGAGCGGUGGCGGUGUAAUAAGGAGAACAGAUGGAUCUUGGUUUAUGGGAUUCUCAAUCAAGUUUGACGCCAUCAAUCCAGCAGCGGCUGAACUAGCAACCAUUAGGGAAGGGCUGUCUUUAGCCAAGGAUCACAACAUCAGCAGAUUGGAGGUUGAAACAGAUGCCCAAGCCUUGAAAAUCAUGAUGGAUAGAGCUGAGAAAGUGUCGCAUCACCAGCUUAGUGCAAUUAUCUGCGAUAUUGUUAAACUCCUGAAGACAAACUGGGUUGUUGUGUUUCUCCAUGCAAAACGGGACGCCAAUAUGCUAGCUCAUAAAUUGGCCAGGUUAGGUAUGGAUAUGGAAAUGGAAAAGGUAACUCACACUGCUCCACCACAAUGCGCUUUGGAGGAAUACAUGAAGGAGCUUGUCAAUCCAAUGGCGUAA